AUGACGGUUCCUAGCGCGGAUAGCUUCGAUUUUGUGGUUGUCGGCGGAGGUACUGCCGGCAAUGUGGUGGCCGGUCGACUGGCCGAGAACCCCGAGGUCCGGGUUCUGGUAAUCGAAGCGGGUAUCGCAAACCCGCAAGACAUCGAGACAAUCACCACCCCAGCUACCGCCUUCGACCUGCGCGGCAGCAAGCAUGACUGGGCCUACAAGACGACCAUGAUCAACAGGCCUUCCUACGAGCGCGCCGAGAAGCCCAACACCCGCGGCAAGGUCCUCGGAGGCAGUAGCUGCUUGAACUACUACACCUGGAUCCCGGGGAGCAAGGGCACCUUUGACGCGUGGUCCGAGUACGGAGGGCCGUCGUGGACGUGGGAUGGGUGCAAGGAGUAUUUCAGCAAGCCAGCGACAUACCACGAUGAUGAAAACCUGUAUCCCAACGAGCUGGCCAAGAUCGGCCGCGACGGACCGGUGCACGUCUCGCACGCGGACCUCGUCCCCGAGCUGCGGCCCUUCCGCGACGCACUCACCACGGCCUGGACCAGCGCGGGCCAGCCCGUCAGCGAGGACAUCUACUCCGGAAAGAUGGAGGGGCUCACGCACUGCGUCACCAGCAUCUACCAGGGCGAGCGAUCGUCCAGUGGCGCGUACCUGACCGGCAAGACCAACGUGGUCAUCAUGCCCUCGUGCAUCGCCAAGAAGAUCAAUUUCGAGGGUGAUACCGCCGUGAGCGUCACCGUGCUGGGACCGGACGGGUCGGAGAUCAUCAUCGAGGCCAAGCGGGAAGUCAUUGUCGCGUGCGGCGUCUUCGAGACCCCCAAGCUGCUGAUGCUGUCGGGCAUUGGCCUCAAGAAGGAACUCGUGCGCCAUGGCAUCGAGCCCGUGGUCCCCUCGGAGCACGUCGGCCAGAACCUCCUCGACCACCCGAUCAUGCCGCAUGUGUUCCGUCUGAAGGAGGGCAUGGGGCUGGAUAGCCAUCUGCUCCGUGCGGGGCCGGCGCACACCGCCGCCGUGCAGAAGUACCGCGAGAGCAGGCAGGGCCCUUACAGCAGCGGUCUGCUGGAGCUGGUCGGCCUACCUCGCAUUGACGACCGCCUGGAAAAAUACAAGGAAUAUCGGGAAGCGAAGGAGCAGAACGGUGGCAAGGACCCGUUCGGCCCUGAGGGACAGCCGCAUUUUGAGAUCGACUUCGUGCCCAUGUUCUCCGAUGCCUUCCAAUGGCACUUCCCCGUGCCCACGGAGGGGGACUGGUUGACUGUCAUCGUCGACCUUCUCCGCCCGCUCUCCCGCAACGGCGAGGUGAAGCUGAACUCCGCCGACCCGCGCGACCAGCCCAACAUCAACCUGAACUUCUUCUCGAACGAUCUCGACAUCCUCGCGCUGAGAGAGGGGGUCCGGUUCGUGGACGAGAUCCUGAUGCACGGCGAGGGCAUGAAGGACGUGAUCGGGGAGGAUUACCCCUGGCCCAUGCCGCGCCACUCGGACGAGGCGAUGAAGAAGAUGAUUCUCGAGCACUCGCAGACUGGAUAUCACCCGUGUGGUACCGCCCGGCUUUCCCAGUCCAUUGAGCAGGGUGUGGUGGACUCGGAAUUGCGCGUGCAUGGCGUCAAACGUCUUCGGGUGAUCGAUGCAUCGAUCAUCCCGAUCAUUCCGGACUGUCGCAUCCAGAACGCGGUGUAUAUGAUUGGAGAGAAGGGUGCGGAUAUGGUCAAGGCUGCGUACCCGAGUCUCUAUCAGUGAGGAGAUAGUCAGUCUGCUAGGGUUGGUGGAGCC